AUGGAGGAGUUGACUCUCAUUCAGCAAAAGUCCCGCUUGGUCUCAGAGUAUCUCCAUGCCUUCAAGGUUUUAGUUGAUCAACUUGUUGUGAUUGACUUUCAUGUCUCAGAGGAUGACAUUACUCUAUAUGUCCUCAACAGUAUUGGUCCUAAAUUCUGUGAGAUUGCAAUGCCUAUUCGGGCAUGGGAGACUUCUCUUACGUUUGAGGAGCUUCAUGACAUGCUGGUUGGCUACGAAAGUUACUUGCAAUGUGUUGAUGCUUCCGAUUCCGUCUUGCUAUGUGACAAAUUGGACCACUCGGCCAAGACUUGUCACUCGUAUUCAAGAGUGAAGUCUGCAAAUUGUGCCUCUACCAAUGUGUCAGCUGACAAAAAGUGGCUUGUGGAUUCCAUUGCUUCUCCCAACAUCACCUCUAAUCUUGCCAAUCUCUCUAUUCACUCGGAGUAUGGUGGCAAGGAUGAGGUUGUCAUUGGCAAUGGCUUAGGUUCUUUAUUUUUCGAAUUCGGGUCUCUACACUACAGUGGGCAGAGCUGCUGGUUCGGCUUGACGCUAGGGUUGGUUGUCAAAGCUUGUGAGGCUGUGAUGGACGAGGUUGCGAGGGGCUGA